AAAUGUAUAAAUUUAGUGAAAUUAAAUUUUUGUAGUAAACUAAAACUAUGUUAAAAAAGAUGAGAAUUAUUUAAAUAAAAAGAAUUUAAGCAUAAUUUUUUUUUGAAAUUUAUGAAGUUGGCUCUAAAUCGAAAUUGGAGAAUUCUCGCGCAAUCCUCAGAAGAUUAAUAUGUCCUAAUUGUCCUUGUUGCUCAUAAAUGUGUAGUUCAAAUUUUGCAAAUGCUUAAUCGUAAAAAUGUAGAAUAGAUAUAUGUAUAUGAUUUUUGCAGAUAUUGGGUUUUCCUUUUCUGAAAGGUUCCCAUCAUCCAGUUGUUGAAAUUUGAGGACUCCAAGUGUCUUUCCUUCGUGCUUUCACCAUUUUCCCCUUUGUUUUUUCGUUGACUAAAUGAGGGAGAGGACAAUCGCUCAUCUCUUACACCAUUAACUUUUCCCUCUUGUUUGAAAAUGGCUUGCAUGUCUUCAUUGGACCUGGAAUUCUCCAACUUUGGCAUUAUUUAUUAAAGAUUAACAUACAAAUUAAUAGAUUUUUCUAUGUUAAAUUAAUGAGUUUUAUAUUAAGGGGAAUUAUUCAAUGCUCCUGAAGCACAUUCCUUCAUUAGAAAAUUUUAUUUAUUUAUCUGGUGUGUUAACUCAACUUUGAGAAAUCAGUCAUCCUUACAAGAGAGCAAAUUCAAACGACAUGCUGACAAGAAAUAGAGAUAUGGAGUACCAAUCUAAAAAGAAGCCUAGAGCGGUCUCACCAGACAAAAAGAGCAAGUUCAAAGAGAGGAGCACAACCAACAAUGGCAAAAGCAAGUUUGUUGGGGUCAGACAAAGGGCUUCUGGGAAAUGGGUAGCAGAGAUCAAAGACACUACACAGAAGAUUAGAAUGUGGCUUGGAACUUUUGAUACAGCAGAGGAGGCAGCUCGAGCUUACGAUGAAGCCGCUUGCUUGCUUCGUGGUUCGAAUACUCGAACCAACUUUACCACCCACGUUCCUACAAACUCUCCUAUCUCAAUCAAACUUAGAAAUCUCCUUAAUCACAAAAAGAUUUUGAAACAAAACUGUCCUGCAAAUACCACCUCAAAAACCAACAUCGAAGCAAGCACUAUGGUUAGUACUAGGAGCAGUAUCAAUAGCAGCUGUGAAAAUUUCCUAUUCAGUAAUUGUAGUAAUAGUUUUCAAUCUGGUAAUAACAAUCUCGAUUCACUGUGCACUGGUGUGAAACAAGAAAAUUACCAGAUGUCUGAUGAUGUAUACAGACCAGGAUUGAGCGGCGGCGCUGGGGGACUCGGACUGGCUGAUUCAUCUCAAUUCUAUUAUUCUUCAUGGCCAUUCUCAACUGGGUUUGAUCAGCUUCCACUGAUGCAAGAAGGGAUGAACUUGCCAAAAAAAUUUGGUCUAUUACCUGCAGUUAAUGAGUUGGAAUUAGCUGAAUUUGAAGGAAUGAAGGUAGAAAGGGAGGUAUCAGCAGCAGCGUAUGCGAUGACUGGAGUAAAUGACUACUUGGUGAAUACUAAUUAUGAUCCCAGCGAUACACUCUGGGAUGUUCCCACUCUGAGCCACCUCUUCUGUCCUAGCUGAUCCUCUCUCUCUCUCUCUCUCUCUCUCUCUCUCUGUGGUAUUUGAUGCAAGAAUGUAGAGAAGUAUAGGCUGAUAUUUUUGAUAAAUUAAUGAACGAGUCUAAUGAUGCUGCAGGGAAUUUGAUAAGAGUGGUUAUCAGUAUAAGAAAACUUACUUUGUUUCACGCUUUAGAUUUCAAAUGCUUGUGAUACCAACUUUAUGGCUUAAAAUCUGGGAAUUCUUUCCUCAGUUGCUAGGCAUUUUUCACGUAUUACCUUCUGCAUUGAUAUCCACAAGUUAAUUUCUACACUGUUAAAACGGUGCUUCAACAUGCAAUUUCAACUGCUUAAUUUUGUGGUUGGAGAAGCAUAUGCAUGCAGAAGAGUUUUCAGAUUUGCAGUUGUUGCACAAAGAGAAUCAUCCAUUGAGAUAUUUAGCUCUACAUGCUACGUAAUUGAGAUUCAUCUCCUAGACAUAAGUAAAAAUUCAUGAAUAAAACAAAAGCUAUUCUGUACGCCAAUCCUAUGCAAGUGUAACAACUAUAAUUGAAGCAAACAUCUUGGGUUACAGUUUGAUUGCGGCCAUUAAUUGUGCUGCAGCCACAUCUUAACCACUGCUAACAAACAAACUGUUCUCAUCGGUACACAAGCGGUCUUAAUCACCUGACGCUAUACU